AUGAUUUUGGGAACAGAAGUUAAUGAAUUUGUUUCAAAUAGAUAAUAAUCUAAAAUUCAUUAUCUCUAAGAAGAGAAUAAGUAAUUAUAGGAAUAUAUCAUUGAUCUUGAAAAUGCCUUAAAAUUAAAUAAGUAAGCUAUGGCACUUACUAUGGAAGGAAUGAAUAAGCGAGUUCAGGUAUAAUGAGUUUAAAUCAUUUAGUUGACAAGUGAUUCCAGUACUAUGUCCAUGUGUUACACAAAUUAUUAGAAUAGUUAAUUAGAAAGUGUAAUAAAGUUAUUGAAUGAAGAAAAUGAGAAACUCAUGAAAGGAUUAUCAAAUCAAUAGAAAAUAACAUAAUAAUUAUAAACAAAGUUAUUAUUAUAAGAAUAGAUAUCAGAAGAACAGCAAAACUAUUACAAAGAUUUAAUAGCUGAUUUAGAAUAUAAAUUAAUAGAUUUGAAAAGGAAUAUUCAUGAUAAGGAAUAUGCAAUCUAAGAAUUAGAAAGGAUGAAACCUAUAUAAGAAAGAGAAGGAUAAUUAGUGAAAUUAAUUGAAAUUGUCACUCCUUCAGAGUAAAAUUUAAAAUUACAUGAAGAAUUAGAAAAUGUAAGAAAUUUACUUAACAAAAUUACUAAUGAAGCUUAAUCAAUUACAGAAACAAAUAAUACAUUGAGAGAAGUCAAUUAUGUAUAAUAUUAAUAUAAUAUUAUAAGCAUUUGAAGAGAGAAAUCUUUAAAAUGAGAAUAGUCUUACGUAGUUAAACAAAUUAUUAGUGUAUGAAAGGUAAAUAUGUAUUUAUAUUUAGAAUAGAUUUUGUUUAUUAAGAGUUUAUUGAUAAAACUGAUGAUAAUUUAGAACUUAAUAGAGAAGUCUAAAAUCAUAGAGGAAAAUUAGAGUCAUUGCAUCAAGAAUUAUAUGGUAUAAAUGGUUUAGGUUAUGGAUUCUCCCCAGAACCUUAAUAACUCAAAUAUUUAAGCAAAAAUGAAAGGAUGAUUUAUUAAGAAAAAUUACAUAAAAUGGAAAUGAUGGUGAAAGGAUUUAAAGAAUUAUUUGAAAAAGAAAAAAAUGCUAAUAUUCAUAUUAGAUAAUUAUAUAAUAUAUUACUAUCAAAAUAUGAAUCUAUAUUAGAUACAAAUGAAUUACUUAUUAAAUCUAAUUAAUUGAAGGAUGAAAGAAAUGAAAAGUAAUAAAUAGAAUUACAAUUUUAUAAGAAAUAAAGUCAAAGUUUAAUGGAAUAAUUGAGAAAUAGAAAAACAACAUUCAAUUCAAUCAUUCUUAAUUAAGAAUAAGAUAUUGCUGCGAAUAUUUUUAGUCCUCGUUUUUAAUAAAAACAACAAUCCAAUUCUCAAUAAUUUUCCACUAUGAAAAAAUAAUAGUAAAAAAAUAAUGAAUAUGAUAAUAAGAACUCUAAUUAAGAAUUUAAAUAAUAAAAUAAUCAAUCAUAAUCAACCAAAAUAUAACUUACUUAAAAGCCUAUUCUACCAUAACUUGAAAUAAAUGAUUCAUCUUCUGAAGAACAUAUAAAAUAUAUUUGUUAAACAGCCAGAGGAGAUAAUCAAUAAUUAAAAAAAUUGAAUUAUUAAUAAUAAUAAGGAUAAAUUCUUUAAUAUUAUGAUAUGUCAAAAUAGGAAUGUAUUACAUUUCUAAUGUCUAUGUUUAAUGAUUAUUUUAAGAAAUUAGAUGUAAAUAAUAUUAAAAAAUAAUAAUAGUUCAGUAAUGUCAAAAAGUUGCAAUUGAUGAAAUAAAUUGAAGAGAAACCUUUUCAAAAAAGAUUUAUCAAAAGAUCAUAUAGUAAUCCAUUCUUAUACUUUUCAAAUGCUAAUAAUAUUUCAUUUAAUUAACCACCUAAAUAAUCAGUAGUGGCAAUUGUAAUAUUUUAUUAUUAUUAUAUAUUUAGACUAAAAAUGAAAUUUAAUUAUUAUUAGCUGAAUUGUAGAGUAAAAAAUAAAUUAAAAAUGAUUAAUAAGGAAUUGGAAAUGAUCUUUUUAAUGUUGAUGUCUCUAAAAUAGAUAUCAAAUAAAAUAAAAGAAAACUAAUUGAUAAUGAUCUUAGCUUUAUUUCUAAUUUUGAAUAAUAAGACUGA